AUGAGCACUACCACAUUGAUAUUCGGUGCUUUGGUGGCUAUCGCAGCCUUGUUGCUCUUUUCCAGAGUUUUCUCAACAAAAGAACAAGUACCUGUGCUAGCGAAAAACGAGUUUCGCGAAUUCCCUUUGAUUUCCAAGACGGUUUUGAGUCACAACACUGCUGUGUAUCGAUUUGCGCUUCCCAAACAUACCGAUGUUUUGGGUCUACCUAUUGGACAGCACAUUUCAAUUCAAGGUUUCUUGAAAGAUGGUAAGGAGAUCAUGAGAUCGUACACACCCACAUCGCUGGAUUCGGACUCUGUGGGCUUUUUUGAGCUUUUGCUCAAAUCGUAUGAGCAAGGAAACGUCUCCAAGAUGGUUGGAGAGCUUGAAAUCGGUGACAAGAUCAAGGUUCGUGGUCCCAAGGGCUUUUACACAUACACCCCUAAUAUGAACACCCAAAUUGGUAUGAUUGCGGGCGGUACCGGUAUUGCCCCAAUGUACCAAGUCGUCAAGUCCAUUCAUUCUGAUCCUAACGACCACACAAAAGUUUCGAUUAUUUACGGCAGUCAAACCGAAGAUGACAUUCUGUUGAAGAAGGAGCUGGACAGCAUUGUGGAAUCUAACCCUGAUCAGUUUAAGAUUCACUACCUUCUAGAUAAGCCAACCAGGGAAACUUGGGUCGGAGGUGUAGGAUACAUCACAGCAGAUGUGAUGAAGCAACACUUGCCAGCUCCAGGUGAUGGCGUGCAAAUUUUGGUCUGCGGUCCUCCCGGUAUGGUUUCCGCUGUCAAAAGAAACGCUGUAAGUCUUGGUUAUGAAAAGGCCAAACCCAUUUCCAAAAUGGGUGAUCAAGUAUUCGUCUUUUAA